AGCGAACGUCUACAAAUAGAUAUAUAUCAAUCCAAAUGGUACAAUAAAAGUGUACAAUUUAAGACAAUGAUUCAAUUUAUGAUCCAGCGUACGAAUCAUCUGAUUCUCCUAGAUGUUGGUGGCUUUACAACAAUGUCUAUUGUUACUUUUCUAACCGCUAUUUUAAUCUUCUUUCAAAGUUUGAUAUCAGUUUGGAAGCUAUGGAUGUUUACAUUUUCUCAAGAUAUCAUCUAUGAUAUGAUAAUAUCCGUUGAAAACUCAGAUCUGUUAAAAAAUUUGGAAAUUUUGCAAUUGGAAUUAAUUGACGAUGACAACAUUGUUCGCGACAUAUCCAAAAUUCUCAAGGAUUCAUGGAUUGACAUCAAACGACAGUUAAUGUUAUUAAGGGCAACCGUAUUUGGCAUUUGUAGUUGGUAUUCCGGUCAAUGUUUAAUAUCAAAUAUCUAUUAUUUGUAUAUAAACGAUGAUAAUUCUGAAGAUAAACUACAAUUUCCGUCCAUAACAUGUUCGGGCCUAUUUAGUGUCAUCUCGGUGCAUUGUUUGACACUAUUGAGGGUUUUGCGUACAAUAGUAGCAUAUUGUACUACCGAACGAGUACCACCACAUCAGAGAAUUACAUAUUUGCAAGCCUGUAUUCGAUUGCAUCAGAAUAUAUUAAGUUUCUGCAGUCGUUUGAACAUCCUGUAUCGAAGGCCAUCAAUAGCAUUGUUUAUGACAUGCUGUCUGGUUAUUUGUCUGUUAACCUUUAAGGCCAGUGUCGAUUUGGGCAACAAUAUAUCGGAUUCUAUCAAAGUUGUUCUUUAUCUUUCGGCAGCGUUUUAUGAGUUGUUGAUAUUUUGUCUAAAUGGUCAACGAAUUACUUCGGAGAGUGAUCUAUUACCCGAAACUAUUUACAAUUGUUUGUGGUACAAGGAAAAUCGAAAUUUUCAAAUAAUGAUACAGGUUAUGAUUAUGAGAACUAAUCACAAUAUACGAAUGGAUGUUGGCGGCUUUGCCAGAAUGUCUUUGGUAACACUGUUGACGAUUGUUCGUUCCAGUGUGUCAUAUUUCUUAUUUCUACGCAAUUGUAUGUAG